AUGAUUGAACUAUCAGAUGAGUGUAUAAAGCCAGUAAAGAUACCCCGAUCAGUUGACGAAACCAAAUCGAUCACUAUCGGCGAGGAUGGCACGUAUGUGGCCACAAACGAAUCUGGAGAGAAAUACACCCUUGCAAAGGCCAAAAUUGAUCUCAAUGACUGCCUCUCCUGCAGCGGAUGCAUAACCACUGCUGAAACCGUCCUCGUCUCUCAGCAUAGUGUGGACACUUUUCUCAACUUGCUUAAGGAACGAGAGAAGUACGAGGUCGUGGUUGCACUGUCACCACAGUCGCUGGCGAGUCUAACAGCUUCUCUCCAACGGGGCAGCGAGUCGUCAUUUCCGCAGCGAGUGAGAGAGGCUUUUGCCAAGGUGAGCGAAGAGAGCGGGACGACAAUGAGCAAUGUGAGAACGUUCUGUGCACGCCUUUUGCACUCCCACGGUGCCGUCUCACGACCCUUCCUUGACACCACGUGGAGCCGAGAUGUCACACUCGCUGUCACUGCUAAGGAAUUUGUCAGCGCGUUUGCCGACCACUCGGAUGCACCAAAACUCCCCAUACUUACCGGGAUCUGCCCCGGUUGGGUGUGUUACGCAGAGAAGACUCACUUCAAGGUGCCAUCAAAGUCCACAAGUGGUGACGUUGGUGGGGACAGCAACAGGGAAGAACCCUUUCUCCUACAACACAUCUCACGGGUGCGUUCACCACAACAACUGCUAGCCGGUGUGUUGAAACGAGCAGCGGGUGGGACAAGCGACAGCGAACGUCGUCUCUUCCUUGUCUUCGUUAUGCCCUGCUAUGACAAGAAACUGGAGGCUUCGCGCAGCCAGUUCCUCUUGUACAGUGGCGAUGGCGUGACGACGAAGGAAGCUGAUUUAGUUCUCGGCACUAACGAAUUCGUUACUGUGCUAGACGCCAUCCUACAGAAACCAACCACAUUACCCGUCGACACAAGGUCUGAGGAUAACCCUCUGGAUCAGAGCCACUUCGCUUUCUGUCUCACCUACGCUUUCCACCUGUGUUUCUACUCCGUACGAAUUCCUCUGAUACCUACUUCUUACUUUCCCAUUAGACUCUCCCAACUGUUGGGGCGAGAGUGGAAGGAGGAGGCGGAAGAGAAAGACGGAGGCUCUUGCACCUAUCGUCAUGCGGGUUCAGGGUCGGGCGGCUACGCAUUCGCCGUCCUCCGUCACGCCGCCGAGCAACUAUUCCACAUCCAUUUGCCUCCUGUUGUCACUGAAGACCCACGGGUGCUCACUCGUCACCUUGGCAAUCACGAUUUGCAGGAAAUUCUGCUCUUCAACAGCGUGGAGGAAUGUGAGGCGGCUGAUAGGAGCGCACCGGCAGGGCGCACGCCCUACCGCCACGCUGGAGCGAUGCCUACACCCCUCCUGGCCUUUCUGGUGGCCAACGGCUUCCGCAACAUCCAGACCGUGGUGCAGCAACUUAAACGCGCUCACAUCAAGGCGCACUCGCGUUGCUCCACGGUCCGAGCUGAGGCGCCAUUCGACUUUGUCGAGAUUAUGGCCUGUCCCAGUGGUUGCCUCAACGGAGGCGCGCAGUUGAAGACGGACCUACCUGACGUUUCUCAAGUCUACUUCUCCCUAGAACAACAAGAUAUCCUCCAAAGCGAGAUUUCAAAGCAACUGCACGCGAGCCUCGACCCCAUCAGCAAGCAACGCGUCUGUUACACCACCUACAAAGCCGUCCCCAAGGUGGAAAUCACCAAUCCCUCGGUGCUGAAAUGGUGA